AUGCCCCCCACGACGAGCCUCCCCCUGGCGCAGCGCGGCCGCCACUCGCCGCCGGCGCUGGUCGACGACGCCAUGAGGGAGAUCUUCCUGCGCGUCCCGGCGGACGACCCCAAGACCCUCGUCCGCGCCGCCGCCGUCUGCACGACCUGGAGCCGCAUCCUCUCCGACGUCAUCUUCACCCGCGAGUACCGCGCCUUCCACGGCGCGCCGCCCAUGCUGGGCUUCCUCCACAACACGCACCAUGAGAGGUCGUGGGGGAGAGGGAGGAUCAAGCAGCACGAGGAGUACCUGGUCUCCAGCUUCGUCUCCACUGCCUCCUUCCGCCCGCCGGCCUGCCACGAGCGCCGCCACUGGCGCGUCCUCGACUCCCGCCACGGCCUCGUCCUCUUCCACACCCCUAAGAGGGACGAGGACUUCGUCAUCUGUGACCUCGUCACCUACGACCGGUGGAGGAUCGACGCCGCCCCCGAGUGCGCGGAAAUCAUAUGGAGUCAUCAGGAUGAAGACCAUGAUGAUGAUGAUGAUGAUGAUGAGGAGGAGGAGGAGGAGGUUGAGGGAGUAACCUGGAAUGCUGCAGUGAUCUGUGCCAAGGAUGGAUGCAACCACCUCUACUGCCAUGGCGGCCCUUUCCUUGUGGCCCUCGUCGGCUCCGACGAGGAUCAGGGGAUCACCUUUGCAUCCGUAUAUUCAUCAAAGACUGAUGAGUGGAGCGACAUGAUCUCCAUUGAGGAGCCGAAUGCCAUCGAGAUGACUGGGCAAAUUGGUGUUGUUGGAAAUAAGGUCUACUUCCAAUGUGAAUGUACCCAAAAUGUUGUGGAGUACAACAUGGGCGAUGAAGAACUAUCGGUGAUUGAUCCAAUAUUUGAAGACGAUAAUAAGGACAUACCGGCCAUUGGACUCUUGGGGAUGGAGGAUGGCAUGUUGCUGUUCGCCGCCGUGCUGGAGCCUAAACUCUACCUAUGGUCAAUGGAGGCUGGCUCCAACGGAGCUGCGGCAUGGGCACAGCGCAGAGUCAUUGAGCUUGCACCGUUGCUCCCUUCUCGUGCCCUCUUGGAUGUGUCAGUGGUUGGUUUUGCAGAAGGUGUUGGUCUCAUCUUCCUGAAUACAGAGGCUGGGUUGUACACAAUUGAGCUCAACUCAGGCCGAAGCAAGGAGGUACAUAGAGCCACAUCUUGCAAAAGGGUCAUGCCCUACACGAGCUUCUACACUAGAGCUAGAGUUGAAGUUAUUAAGGGACAAAGUGUGCUCCUCUUGUGCUCAUCGGAUCAACUUAUGAAGCUUUGUUUUCUUAUGGCACAGCUUGGGGGCAAAUGCCGACCUCUGACUAAGCUUCCUGUUGGUGCUACUGCUACAUCAGUAUAA